UUUCUCUCUUACUAUCAAGCCGACCGCGGGGACAAGCAAAGUUUGUCUUCAAAAUGCCGAUUGCACAGUUGCUGGAACUAUGGAAGAAGAUCGAGGUGGAGCCCAUGGAGAUGGAGACCGGCGAGGAGGAGCCUGGCCUGGACGCGGAGCCGGCCGCCGAGGACGCCACCACGGAAGAAGGCAAGGGGGACCAGACCCCAGUGGAGACUCAGCCAGCCGAGUCCUCGGAGGAGGAGGGCCUCGUGAAGGAGAUCGACAUCAGCCUCCACGUGAAGGAAGGCUUCGAGAAGGCGGACCCCUCCCAGUUCGAGCUGCUCAAGGUCUUAGGACAGGGGUCGUACGGGAAGGUGUUCCUCGUGAGGAAGGUCACGGGACCCGACGCGGGCCAGCUCUACGCAAUGAAGGUCCUCAAGAAAGCCACCCUGAAAGUGCGUGACCGAGUCCGAUCCAAGAUGGAGAGAGACAUCCUGGCGGAAGUGAAUCACCCCUUCAUCGUGAAGCUUCACUACGCCUUCCAGACCGAAGGCAAGCUCUACCUGAUUCUGGACUUCCUGCGUGGAGGGGACCUCUUCACUCGGCUCUCCAAAGAGGUGAUGUUCACUGAGGAGGACGUCAAGUUCUACUUGGCGGAGCUGGCCCUGGCUCUGGACCACCUCCAUGGCCUCGGCAUCAUCUACAGAGACUUGAAGCCCGAAAACAUCCUCCUGGAUGAAGAGGGGCACAUUAAAAUCACAGACUUCGGCCUGAGCAAGGAGGCCAUCGACCACGACAAGAGGGCCUACUCGUUCUGCGGCACCAUCGAGUACAUGGCGCCCGAGGUGGUGAACCGGCGCGGGCACACGCAGAGCGCCGACUGGUGGUCCUUCGGUGUGCUCAUGUUCGAGAUGCUCACGGGGUCCCUGCCGUUCCAAGGGAAGGACAGGAAGGAGACGAUGGCGCUCAUCCUCAAGGCGAAGCUGGGGAUGCCGCAGUUCCUCAGCGCGGAGGCCCAGAGCUUGCUCCGCGCGCUCUUCAAGCGGAACCCCUGCAACCGGCUGGGUGCCGGCGUGGACGGAGUGGAGGAGAUCAAGCGCCAUCCGUUCUUUGUCACCAUAGACUGGAACAAGCUGUACCGGAAGGAAAUCAAGCCUCCCUUCAAGCCGGCGGUGGGCAGGCCGGAGGACACCUUCCACUUCGACCCCGAGUUCACCGCCCGGACCCCCACAGACUCCCCAGGGGUCCCGCCCAGCGCCAACGCGCACCACCUGUUCCGAGGAUUCAGCUUCGUGGCCUCCAGCCUGGUCCAGGAUCCCUCGCCGCAGGGGGAGCACAAGGCUCCCGUCCACCCCAUCGUGCAGCAGCUACACGGGAACAACGUCCACUUCACCGACGGCUACGAGAUCAAGGAGGACAUCGGGGUGGGCUCCUACUCCGUGUGCAAGCGGUGUGUGCACAAGGCCACGGACACGGAGUACGCCGUGAAGAUCAUCGACAAGAGUAAGAGAGACCCGUCGGAAGAGAUCGAGAUCCUGCUGCGCUACGGACAGCACCCCAACAUCAUCACCCUCAAAGACGUCUACGACGAUGGCAAGUUCGUGUACCUGGUGACGGAGCUCAUGCGCGGCGGGGAGCUCCUGGACCGCAUCCUGCGGCAGCGCUGCUUCUCGGAGCGCGAGGCCAGCGACGUGCUCUGCACCAUCGCCAAGACCAUGGACUACCUGCACGCCCAGGGGGUGAGGCCGCGCCCACGGCCAAGGCCACGCCCACGCCCACGGGCUGCCGGCACGCCCAGGGGGUGA